AUGGCUGAAAAUAUGGAUGUUAGUCCUACUGAAAGCAUUGGUGGAUCUCCCCGAACUCCGGCUUCGACCACAAAGAACCAAUCCUCAAGGGACCAGCCUGUGCAAGUUUCGGUUCCAACGGUUCAUGUGAACCAUAAUGAGAAACCUGAAAAAUUCACUGAGGAUCCUCCCACUGUUGGAGAGGACGAAGUAGAUAUGCAAACUCAACAUGCAGUUGAGGCAUGGAAGCAUGCUGAAUUCCUUUGUAGGAAUUACAUUCUGAAUGGCUUGUCUGACUCGCUGUAUAGUGUGUACAGUGUGAAGAAAACGGCUAAGGAAUUAUGGGAGUCUUUGGACCACAAAUACAAAGCCGAAGAUGCUGGAGCCAAGAAAUUAUUGGUUGGCCAAUUCUUGAACUUCAAGAUGAUGGAUUCCAAAAAUGUGAUAAGCCAAGUGCAAGAUCUUCAGUUGAUUAUCCAUGUAAUACAUGCUGAAAGGAUGGUCUUGAGUGAGUCUUUCCAAGUAGCUGCUAUUAUAGAGAAGCUACCCCCUGCAUGGCUAGACUUCAAAAAUUAUCUGAAGCACAAGCAAAAGGAAAUGAGUGUUGAAGACCUCAUUCGUAGACUUCGCAUUGAAGAGGAUAACAAAAGUACUGAGAAGCAAUCCUCAAAUCCCAAUGCUGCCAAGGCUAAUAUGGUGGAGCAUGACAAAGGAUCAAAGGGGAAGAAGCCUAAGGCCAAGCCAUGGUCCAAACUACGACCAAAAGGGGGAGUUUCAAAGAAGCCAAAAUUCCAAGGGAAGUGCUUUAACUGCAACAAGACGGGACAUAAAUCGUCAGAUUGUAGACUAUCGAAAAAGAAAGGAAAUGAGGCAAAUGAUAUGGAAGCCAUGUCCCAAGAGAUCGUUGGCCUAGACCUAUGUGUUGUGGUCUCUGAAAUAAACCUGGUGGAUGCUAAUCCAAAAUAA